AUAUUCUCGAGGAGGUAGAACCUGAAUUUUCUAGCAGAGCUUUAUCGAUGUCGUUGCCCGUUGCGAUGCCGUUGAAGAGAAUGAAUAAGAGGCCGAUAAAAAGGUACGAGGAGCAUUACGAGGAGAAGGAGAAGGAUACGAAAAUCUCGAAGAUAUUCCAAUUGUCAGUGACAGCGCUCUCGUUCCUCGCGUUCGGCGGGUAUCUACUUACACUAAUAAUAACAGCGAUUCGUCAGAACUCCGCGAAUUCCGGUAACGGGAACGUGAUUGUUCUCUCAAAUUUGCAAGGCUUGCAAAAUUACAAUCGU